UAGCGUUUACUCGCGGACUGUCAUUGUGUUUUUAGUGUUUUUACAUGGCUCUAAAACCGAAAACAACAGUUAUCGACAGUUUCAAGUGUAACUUGUGGGUGAAGUUGUCUCCCGGGUAGUAAACGGUUGCUCGCCUCAGAGAUGGAUUACCAGGUUGUGUUUGCAGCCUUGGAGACGGUAUGUGAAGAUGUCGUUUCUCUUAUGAGUGGGCCUACUGAUUUGCCGUAUGGCACUGUUGCCAAGCGCCUGGUCACGAGUAUGAAACAGAUUCAGGAGCACGGCCGAGCCCUGAAACCUGUGGUCCGCAGCUUCACCGCCGUCUACCAUCAUUAUGACUUUGACGCACAAACGCCGGGCAAUGGCUACCGCACCCUGGUCAAGGUAUUGCUGUCUUGCCUUUUGCACAUCAUUCACAAGGGCCGUUACAUUGCCAGUAAUUGCAACAGUGCCUUCUUCAGGGCGGACCACAAUUCGUCUGAGAUAGAGGCCUACUGCAGCGCUCUGUGCCAGCUGCGUGCCCUGCUCCACCUCGCCCAGCGGCUGCUCAACGACAAUGACCCCGGCAAGCUGUACUCCCUGCAUGACGGGGACCUGAGCCGAAGGUUUGUGCAAGAGUACAGCUCCAUGCACAAAGCCUGUUUCUAUGGACGCUGUCUGGGCUUUCAGUUCUCACCAAGUCUGCGUCCAUUCCUCCAGACUGUAGUCAUAAGCAUGAUUUCAUAUGGGGAGACGUAUGGUAAACAGCAGUCUGGCUUGGGUAUGGCCGCCCUUUCCCUCCUCACAUCUGGGAAGUAUGUCAUUGAUCCAGAAUUGCGGGGCAUUGAGUUUGAACGAAUUACCCAGAACCUAGACUUGCAUUUCUGGAAGUCCUUCUGGAACCUCACAGAGUCCGGCCUUAUAACAGGCUUCAGCAGAAUAGCUUCUAGGCCAGUGCAGGUGAACUUCACGCUGACUUUGCCUCCUGUGACUCUACACCUCCCACUGGCCUUAGACCCCAGUCUAACAGCCAUUGUGUCACCUCCAAUAGCCCACUGGGGCCCCGGGCCAGUCCACAUGCGUCUGAUCUCCUGGGAGCUUCGAGAAGGACAGGACAGUGAAGAGCUGCUAGCUUUUUCUCAAAAUGGUCCUUCCACUAUCUCCGCGUCCCAUCUCCCCUGGGUACAGAGGCAGCCUCGCUCCCCCUGGCUGCUCAUCCACUUCCAUGGAGGGGGCUUUGUGGCCCAGACUUCCAAAUCCCAUGAGAAUUAUCUGCGGACUUGGUCCAAGGAACUGAACGUACCUAUCCUCUCCGUGGACUACUCUCUGUCACCCGAAGCGCCCUUUCCCAGAGCUCUGGAGGAAUGUUUCUACGCCUACUGCUGGGCUCUGAAAAACUGUCAUCUGCUGGGCUCCACAGCGGAGCGGGUUUGUCUGGCAGGUGACAGCGCCGGAGGAAACCUCUGCAUCACUGUGUCCAUGAAGAUCAUAUCCAGCGGCAUCAGAAUCCCUGACGGCAUCAUGGCUGCCUACCCCGCCACCAAUCUCACCAUUGACGCCUCGCCCUCCCGCCUGCUCACGCUCAUCGACCCGCUGCUGCCUCUAGGUGUUCUCACAAAGUGCCUCAAUGCCUAUGGAGGAGCAGACUGUCAGACGGUGCAGCCUGCAGUGGGAAGCAGCAGUCUGAGAGAUCAGUUUAGAGACACAGCUGUGCUUCUUGGCGAUCUCACACAGGGAGCCUCCAACUGGAUCCAGUCCUUUCUGAACCCCAUGCUGACUUCAGGGGGCUUGCACUUACCGUCAUCAACGCAGAGAAGCUCCCAGAGCAAUGAAACUCGCAGGGUAUCCACUAACACCCCCACACCAAACUGUGGAGGUUACACGGUUUACCCACAGGGCUUCGAACCCCUGCGCUCAGAGUGCCUGGCUUUUAUCCGUCCAUCGUCCUCCCCCAUUAUCAGGAACCCGUUUGUGUCGCCCGUGCUGGCUCCUAACAACCUGCUAAGAGGCCUGCCACCUGUACACAUAGUGGCCUCUGCUCUGGAUGCCUUGCUGGAUGACUCUGUGAUGUUUGCCAAGAAGCUGCGAGACAUGGGCCAGCCUGUGAGUCUGACGGUGGUGGAGGACCUUCCCCACGGCUUCCUCAGCCUAUCGCAACUUGCCAAAGAGACGGAAGUCGCUGCAGAAAUCUGCGUGGAGCAAAUGAGGAAGAUUUUUCAGCAAGAAAACCCGAUGCCUGCUCUUCGCAAACGAUCCAAGUUGGAAGAGACUUAUCUGAGUACCAAUCCUUCAGGCUGAUGUAUCUGUCAUUUAUGGGACUUGAUUGACAUAAUGUGGUGAGAGAGCUGCAAUAAAUGUAAGAAAGGGAAACCAGUCAGGAAGAAUUAUGAGGACGCAACACAAGCUGUAAAACUUGUGGAAGCUUAGGGGCACUACGACCUAUACUGCACAUUUUAUGUAGGCACCAGCUAUAAUAUGAUCCUAAUCAACAAAAAUUAAAUAACUAAAUAUUUUUCUAACAAGAUUUACGUGUUUAGGAUCCAAAUCAAAUGCACAUUAUGAAUAUUAUGACAGAAACGUCACCGUAACCAGCCCUCGUAGCAAUCUCUUAACUGAUACAUGUCAGGAAUCGGAGCUGUUGUGCCUUGACUUUAAAGUGCUGCUGUAUGUUGCGUAGUGUAUGUAGAGAAACUUUGCCUACAUUACCAAACUGACCAGGAUUUAAGGUUUACCGGAAACACAUUUCAGAUGCACUGGAUUAUGGUUAUGAUUUAUUAUUUGGCUUAAAUGUAUAAUAUAAUUCUUCCAGUUUGUCAUGUGUUUACAACAUAUUGAUAAGGAGGCCUUCACCUUGUAUUUACCAGCAUUGUAUGUGGGUGUUAAUACUGUAAAUUCAUUCUUAAUAUAUUGAACACAGUGUUAUAUUUAAAGUCUGAAUUAAAUCAAAACUGCAGAGA